AUGAAAACCGAGGUGGAGACCAAGACUAAGACAACAGACGUGACAGAGGCUGCCUCACAGCAUGCACGAGGGAGCACUACUGGGAAUGGUUUUAUUUCCCCACUGGAAGCCUCUCAGUGCUACCGCGCUGUGUGUGGUCCUUGCCACUUUGAAAACAGCGGGUGUCAGUCACAUUCUACGUUGGCUGCAGCGAUCGCCCACCCGGCCACAACUCAAAUUCUUCAGGAGCUGAUUCUAUUUGCGUUUACGCCAGGGAGGCAUUCCGGCGGCCCCCAGCAAAUGGGAAUGGUCAACUCAGUCAUGGCGCGUAAGCCGUUUGGAGUGCCGCCCGAACACGCUCUAACGUGGUUAGAUAUAAAAAGGUCGCUUUUGUUCUGUGGCGUAAAGCAGCACCGCUGUCCCAAAGCGCUAAGGCUGCUGUGGGGGAGCCUCCUUGCUCUUUGCUGUAACUGCUCACAACAUACCAUCGAUGAGAAAAAGGUGCCGGAGGGGACCACUUUGGACGAUGGCAGUAGUAUUCAGUGUAGUAGUCACUUUCCCGCCGCAGAAAUUGCGAUAUUGGUCCGGCACGAAGAUUUUCGUUGGGUCGCGCAAUUACUGGCAGCUGGCGAAAGUUUGGGGAGCUGCACCGUCGCGAGGGGAAAAGCGGUUCCCCUUGAGGACUUUGUGUCUACCAUCGUUGAUUUGCAGCAUCACAUAACUUCAACCGUGGCCGAAAGUUACCAGGUGCCACGCUCACAAACAAAAUAUGUUCUAAUUGUCGAUGCAGACAGCUUCCACUGCUGCAUCAAGAGGUUUCUCGCACAGGAAUUACGGGGAGAACACAUUACUCUCUCCCCACUCCCCCGGUGGAAUGGAGCGCAGGCCAUUGUCCAGCAGCGCCGCGCGCUUGUUGUAUUUUGCGGUGGAACGAGUGGCUGUGGAAAGAGUACGCUAUCCAGUCUCAUUUCAACUCACCUGAGUAUUUCCACGACUAUUUCAACAGACACUAUCCGACAAGCGCUUCGCCGGACGCUGCCAGGUGGCGAGUUCCCGGAACUCUUCACGUCUACAUACGCCGCUCAUUCAAACCCGGUAGCAUCUCUUGAAGGCGGUGGGAAUGCGUGUAACGGCAACCUUGACGGGGAUGGACCUGAGCACGUUAUCGCAGCGUAUGAGAAACAGUGCGCGACGGUUCUUCCGGUGCUUGAUCGCACACUGGAAAAGUUUGUUUCGCGCUAUCAGACAGUGGUCGUUGAGGGUGUUCAUUUGUUGCCGGAUUACAUGCAUCGCAAGAUGGUUGAGUUGCAAACACGGGGAGUGCUGUGCGUUUCCUUUCUAGUGUACAUAAAGAAAAGGGAACGACAUCUUGAGCGGUUCUGUACACGGGCCAAGUCCAUGAGCCUCUCGCCGACGCGCAACAAAUAUGUGUCGAAUUUCGAGAACAUCCGAGUAAUUCAGCAGCAUCUACUCGAGCAGGCGGCACGUCUUGACGUGAACCUUAUAAACAACACGAAUGUUGACAAGUCUCUAAUGAUGGUUCAUACGCGUCUGUUAGACAGAGUGCAUCAUUUCAAUGUCGCCCCGGGGUUUCAGCAGCACGUGGGUGUCGGUGAAGAAACUUCCACUGCAAGAGCCCAAGUCGGUACCAAUUCAGGUAUCGACCGCCGGGACGAUGAAACAGAAGUAACUAGUGCCGCACACCUCUACAAUAUGCCUUAUUCGAACGUUAGCGGCAAACACAUGCUUGCUUUGCUUCUUCAUCGGCGAAACGAGAAAAAGCACCGAAUGCAUAACAGUCUGUUUUCUCGUUGCCACUGUUGUGAGCGCAACUCCUUGGUCACACAGGUUAGGCGGUCCCGAUCAGCAGAAUCUCUUACAACACUGAAACUUAGUUCACUUCAAGUGUGUACAGACGAAUGGGACGGACGAGAUAACUCACUUCUUGUGCCACAUAAACAAAGUGAGGAACCGACAACCAAUUCCAGUGAAUGUGGAUGUAUCACCAACGCCAUGGUCGCUGGGACUUCCCUUAUCGGAAUAGACUGUCAGAAUAGGAACACUGAUGCAGAUGAUGCAAAUGUUGAUGAUUACCACGACCCUACGUCAAUGCAAGCCCUUGAGGCAGGACACACAACCCGAAGCAUGCGGUCGUCAAGCGCCUUCACGCACUUCGCUCCGAUUUCUCCGUCGGUGCGCUCAGCGAGCGCGGAUACGGAGCGCCUCGGGGGAAGGAUGUGCAAGCGGAGCCGUGGGUGGGCUGCAAUUCAAUUGUCCAUCUCCAAUAGGGCGGAGCAGGGAAGGAAUGAAAACGAUGAGGAGAUGAAGUCUCUAUGGGGAGACAACUUCUCCAGCGAAACGCCAUCCCUCACUUGCUGUUGA